AUGUAUCGCACCACCGCCAGAGUCUCAGGGAGCCGCAAGUUAUUUUCGACUCCGCGGGCGAUCUCACAACUCAAGGACUGCCUGGCCAGCGGGGACCUCACAUUCGAGAAAUUCCAAACACAACGCUUUACGGACUCAACCUCUGAAGUUUCUGAAAACGGAAACAAUGUGCCUGAACAGGCUAUCGGACGGGAACGCAGUUCAGGUUCCGGCGCAGACUCUGGCGAUGAGACAUCAUCCCUUGAGAGCGCGUCAAACGCUACCAGCGACGCGACCGAUGUGAGCGUUGCCUCGGAUGUGGAAAACGAAGCACAGAUCGACGUUGAGGAACUUCUUGAGAAUUUCGUCAGCCGACUCGGCGCCGAGUUCAUGACCCAGCUUAUGCAGG